AUGCCUAAUUGCAGUAUGAAACAUGGCAUGCUCGUGAUUAGAAACAACACCCCCGCCGUUGCCCAGUACGUGCCGUUCGGGGAGUGGCCGUUGACGGCGGCCGGGGACGUUUCUCCCGGCGGCGGCGAAGGCUGCCACGCGGCGGUGACGGUGAGCAGCAGCGUCGCGACGUCCAUCGAGUCGCUGAGCUUCAUUAACCUGGACCUGCACUGGAAGCUGCAGCAGCAGCGGCUGGCCACAAUGUUGCUGGGCGCGCCGCCGAGCUCGGCCGCCGCGGCCCAUGCUGACGAUGACGACGGCGCGGCAAGAGCAGCAGCGCACGUGGGCGGCGGCGCCUUCUUGCAGGUGGCCCCGGGACCAUCGCCCGGCAUGGAGGCCACCGGCACCGUGCCGCCGCCGGUGGCGACGUCGUCGUGGUUCAUGGACAGCUCCUGCUACGACGUGCUCCCGUCGUCCCCGGCCGCGCAUGCUAACACGGCCGCGGCCGCGGCCGCCGUAGGCGCCAGCGACUGCAACGUCGUCAACAGCGGCGGCGGCGACAACGCCACGUCGAGAAACAGCAGCAACUGCUGCGGGCCGGGGAGCGCAAUCCCGCCGUGGGGCGACAUGUCCACGUUCGCUAUGCUGCCUUGAUGGCGGCGCAUGCAUGCACCAACAAGAAGAUGGUCCAGUUUGGAAGGGCUGAUUUCAUCUCUAACUGCGUAUUGUAGUAUCUGCUAAUUAUUCUGUGGGUGUAUAUAUUGUAUUUGUCGGAAACAACAUUCUGAUCGGCCGUAGAUCCAUGUUGUCAUGGUAAAGCUGGUUUCUUUUUCUUGUCAUUUUCUCUUUACUUCAUUCUUGUUCUUUUUUCACUUUGUCUAUCCAUACAUAUUAUUAUUCA